AUGAACAAUCAGAAGGCGGACGAACAAUCUACUACGACUUUCAGAAGUUCAACAUCUUUGCGCAAACUUCUUCUCGAUUACCUCCAGAAUGUUGUACCCCUCCUACAUGGUGCUCAGGACGAUGAGAGGCUUUUGUCUGCUCUCAGAACCACUUUUCCUCCGGACUCUCUGAGAAGUCUGGAGGAACUUGGCUACGACAUUGCUGACAUCGCAAGUUGGGCGUGGGUUUUUUCCUCUGACAAUGUCGACCUCGCCUUUGCAAGGUACAUCGCACUGGCUCGAGAAGUACGCGAAUCUGGACGAGGCCGGAUACCGAAGUUUGUGUUUUUACAACUCCUUCGCGCGGAGAACCUCAGUCCUUUCGCUCUGAAGGGAUUCAUAAAAAGCAUUCUGGCCGACUUACAAGUCUGUUCGGAGGCUAAAGAGUAUUUCGGCUGGUCUUGGGUUACGCGAGUGUGCUUAGUCGUUCGGCUGCUGCGACAUGCUCGUUCGGCGGCGCCCGAGUGCUUUGAGGACAUCAGUGUCAUUAUCAAGCAUCUCUUCUCGGAUUACUACAGUGUCCACCCCCGCUCACUCGAAGGUCCGGAGUUACUGCGCCUCUCCCAUAUUUACAACCGCUUCCUGUCACUGAUAUCUUUGGCCCCACAAAAAGCACCUUACAGUGCGUAUCUUUCACAACAAAAUGCGCAGCUAGUACUCGUCCGCACAAUGUUCGCGUAUAACCCACAACUAUUACUGACGCGCGAGGGCUACCGUGCGUUGAUUGCAGUCCAACUACUCCAUCCCAAGACUGGGCCUGAACGCGCAUGGGCGGAGGCCAAGUCUCUGUCUUGGCCUCCGUGGCGUCACAUCAAGUCAGGAAUUGAACAGGAUCUCGAGUAUCCUGGGAAGGAGAGCCGUGUCAUCAAGCUAUUACAGCGAAUGAAGGCAGCAGGAUAUUCUCACGGUGAUUGGGAAAGGAGUGCUGCUGUCUUGGCAGGGUGGGAUACUGAUAGAAGCCCUACUAUACAAACUCGCGCCAUAUUGAUGCGCCAGCGACGCCCGUGGCUUCUGUCACGGAGCCAAGAAGAAAACGAAUCCUGCGAUCCGCCAGAACUGUGGGCUGCACGCAUCCGAGCUACAAGAACCAAGCGAGAGGCAUGGGCGUCCUUUUGCUCCUACGAGAAAUCCAAACCUGCCUCCCAAGCACAUUAUCAACCCUAUUUCGCCAUGUUGGAUAAGCUCCUCAGCUCAACUGUCGAGCCAGGAUCUACGCUGGCCUGGAAGUACCUCGCAGGCGACGUAAAAGAGCCUUUCGAAGUCUCGGCAAAUCCCCGCGAAGUCAUUUACGUUGAGACGGAGGUUCCUUCGGUGGACGAAUUCUAUGAGCACAUGCUGCGUGCCGGGGUCAAGCCAGGUGGUCAUCUUCUUGCCAGUCUGCUGAAUUACACUGUCCAAGUCGAGACUGGAUUUGGUUACAUUCAAGCCAGUCGAUGGGACGAAGUUACGAAAGACGUCCUUCGCCACGCUGAGAAAUACCCAAGCUCUGUCAUCCGGGAGAGUUUGAACAAAAUCCCCAAGCCUACCUUGGCUGCCUUCAUCUCGCUCAUAUGUAAGAGCGGACCCGAGGAUCCACUGACAUUUCGGGACAUCGGACGGAUGGACUUUACUACAGACCAGUUGGUCAAGAGAAAUCAUCAAGACGUGCCUGCUUUGACAUAUGCGUCGCAAUUGCUGUUCGCGGCAGGCGUCACAGACAUUCGCGUUUGGAACGCCUUCAUAGAAGGGGCGUCGGUGAGUGUUAGAAAAUCACCAACCAGCUACAAAGGUGCUGCAUCUAGGGCAGCAGUGUGGCGACGAUUGAGAAGGAUUCUUUCACCUGAGGAGAUGCACCUUGACAUACAUCCUGACCUCCAUACCUUCCGACAUUUGACAACGAUCCUUCACACAAUGCUAAGAGAUGUGAACAUGCGGAUCCCAUCAGAAAAUCUUGGCUCACUUGCGAAGACCACUUUCGUUCGGGCGAUCUAUGGUCGUAUGGCCAAGGCCUUUCUCCCCGGAUCUGAACGCUCACUGCUUGUCGUGCCCGAUUUGGAGGAUCUCAAACUCAUGAUUGAUGUCUUGGUCUCUACACAUGACACUCAUGGGAUGCUUGCGCUUCUGAAAUGGGUCAACGAGCAUACCAUAAAGUUUGGGCCGAAGAACCUUCAGUCCGAACCCGAGUCUCAGAACAAAGUGCACGAGACUGCGCAGGAAAGAGCCUUCGCUUCGUCGCCGCUGGAUGAUAUAUUAUGUGCAAUCAGACUGUUCCUUGACAGUGGCCGGUCGCGGUCUCCCAAUUCUUCCGAUACAGAAGGAGACGGUGUCAGGUUCGAAAGUCCCUUGGAAGGAGAUGCUCGCAUUAUCCAGCAGGCACGGGAGCAUUGUCGAGAGCUGCGCUGGCCGUCAGAUGACGAGGUCGGGCUUUUCCUUGCUCGCGAAGUCAAGUGGGUGGAAAGAGUCAGGCGGACAGCGGAACUGACAGCGCGACGGAAGGCUAUGGCUAAUAGAAAAAUGCGCAGACCGCAAAGGGAUGAGGCGGCUGUUAGAUAG